AACUAUUCGUGUGAUUUCUGAGUUCUACAUUAAUUUGUUGUAGCUAAAGUAGUAGAUAAAAUGUACUUAAAAUUCAUUAUUUUCUUAAUCGUUUCUGUUUUUAUUGUAAACCCUGUUGUGGGUCCUCCAAAUGAAGACACCCAGUUACUCAUGAAUCAAACGCUAGAUCGCGUUUACCUAAGGAUUUUACAACACAUCAAUGCUCAGCAUACUAAUGCAGUUCAAUAUUUGAUUACACUGAGCCAGUUUUUAGAUUAUGUGGGUUAUCUCACAAACACCAGAGAUACUGCGCUGCUUGUGGCACAGCAACGUUUUGGUGUCAAUGUGCCAUAUUCAAAAAUUAUAAAUCAAAACGAUUUUAAUGAACUUAUAAUAGAAAUCUGCCGAAGACUCCCAACAUCAGUACAAGCAUACACAUGUCUUAUAGAGCAAGCAAUAGUUUAA